CAGCUGUACUAUCAACUUUGUUCUUAUCAUGUUCAGGCCUAGCUCUCUUCUCCACUAUAUUAAACACCAUAUUUCUCUAGCUUCAAUCCCCACCACUUGCAAACAUCUCCACCAUAUCCAGUAUGGCUCAAUCAUCCCCUCCAACUCCAACUCCAACUCUCAGUCCUAGUCCUAGUCCCACUUCAAUUAGAACAGUACUACUAACUCACCAAAACCCUCAUGAUCAAGCUAUAAAUCAACCCAUUCAUGAUCAUGAUCUCAAUGCUAUGAUCAUUUUGGCAGCCAUUUUCUGCGCUUUUGUUUGUGCCCUCGGCCUAAACUCCAUGCUGCAAUGCGUUUUUCAGUGCGCAAAUCGCUCCAUAACCGAACCAGUCCAAUGGGUGGUUUCACGUAGGCUCAACUCAGGUCUAAAGAAAAAGGAAAUGGUGGCUCUGCCAACUUCAACUUACUCGAACUCAUCAAGCCCUUCUCCAUCAGCAUCAGCAUCUCCAGGCUGUGCUAUUUGUCUCGUAGACUUCUCCGAUGGGGACAAGAUUCGAACGCUGCCGAAAUGCAACCAUCGGUUCCAUGUUGCCUGCAUUGACAAGUGGCUGCAGUCUCACUCUUCUUGCCCUACUUGCCGGCACCGGCUCAAGUCUUCCAGUGAUUCCAUGCUUUCUCUUUCUGAGAUUGUCACAACCUAGCUAGAGCUCAGAUUUAGUAGAGGUCUAAUCGAUUAGUAUUAUUUCGUUUUUAUCGAAUAUGUACUUUCUAUUCUCUAUUUCAGAUUCGUAGCCACUCUAAUAUCCUUCCUCGUCGAGUUUAGAAUGAGUAUUUUUGCAGCCUGCACCCAUGUAGUAUUAGUAGUAAUAUCCUGUAAUAGUAUAUAUGUUUGA